AUGUCUGUUGAAUUGCCAUCUUUUUCCAAUGAUGAUGAUGAUGGGAAUAAAAGAAAUUUUACACCUGAAUCAGAUUCAGGAAUGAAUUCUCAUCCAACAGGUGAAGAUGACGAUUCCAUGAAAUCAGAUAUAUUUGAUCAAAAUGUUGUUGCAACAUCAACUCCUCAUCGAAUAUGUGAUGAUAUACCACAACCUCCUAAUAUUUUAACUAAUAAAGAUAUUCAAUCAAAACAUAUUCAAAAUAAUUUAGGAGAUUUUUUAAAUACUUCAAAUGAUUCUCAAAAAGAAAAUUUCGAAAGCAGUAUUACAGAUGAUAGAUCUGCUGUUGAAAAUGGCCCUUUAACUGAUGUAUUAUACAAAGAUGAUCCUGGAGCUCUUACAGAACAUUUAUUUAAUACCAAUUCUUUUAAAACAUCUCAAAUUGUUGAUACUACAUAUAAUUUAGAAAAUAAAAUAAAAAUUUUAGAAGAAAAAUAUGAAAAAUUUCAACAAGAAUACAAUGCUGUACUUCUUGAAAGUACAUCUAAAACACAUAUGAUUUCAUUUCAAGAAAGAAAAAUUGAAAACCUGGAAGCACUAAAAAAUGAACAGGAAAAACUUCUUGAGGAGAAAGAUAUAGUUAUAAGAAAAUUAAAAGAUGAAUGUGAGAAAAUUCCAGAACUUACAACAAAGAUAAAUAAUUUAGUUUCUACUAUUAAAGAAAAUGACUUUUCUCUUGAACUUCAAAAAGACCAACUUUUAAAACUUCAAAGAAAUAAUGAUGAACUUUCAAAUAAAAUCAGGAAAGAAAUAUCAGCAGAAUAUGACAAGAAAAUGAAAAAAGUGGAAGAGGAAAAAAACGAUCUUAAGAGAAAAAUUAAUUCAGCUUAUAACGACCUUGAGGACGCUAGAAAGAAAAUAAAAGAUAAAGAUAAUUCACUAGAAAUUUUUAUUAAAGAAAAUAAUGAAUUAAAAGAACAGAUUAGAGUUUUACGAGAGAAACCUUCUAUUGUUGAUGCUUGUCUUCAAACAUCUAUAACAGAAUAUGGGAGUGAUAGUAGAGAAGAUAUUACACGUGAUACAAAAAAUCCAUAUGAAAGAUCAUUAGAUAUGUUACUUGAUGGUGUUAGGACACCUGUCAAAAACUUUGAUUUUUCAAAUACAGUAUUUACAACACCUGGUAUUGGUGAUCAAACAAUGUUGAAUAGGAUUAGUAAUGAAGCAAAAGAAAUGCAAUUAGCAACUAAAAAGUUAAAGAUGGUUGUAGAUUUCUUAAAAGGAGAAAAAAUAGAUGGUGUAGAUGAGAAUGUAAAAUGUACAAUUAUAAAGCAAACAACUGAUAUUAUUGAUUCUGAACUUUUAAAGCAAUUAAAAAAAAUCAUUCAACCUUUACAAAUAUUUGAGACACUUUCAAAAGCUCAAAAGCAAGAUUUAAUUGUUAUGCAACAAGAUAAAAAUGAACUAAAGGAUGUUAUUAACAAAUGUCGCAGUAGCAUGGCAAUUAUUGCAAAAGAAUAUAAGAUACAUUGUUAUGAUGAUGAUGGAGAAAUAAACACAUCUCAAUUCUGGAAUAAUUUGUCACUUUUUAUUAGUGAGUUAAAGAAACAAAUUGCUUAUACUGCUAGAAAUGAAACAAAAACUACAUUAAAUGGUUUUACACCGUUGCCCAAAAACACUAAAUACCUCAAUACUUCCAAAGAAGUUUUUACUAUGGUAGAUGGUGGUAAAAUUUCUCCUAUUUUUAGUAAUCCCAGAAAUGAGAUGUUCACUAAAGAGGAUAAAGAAAAUGUUCUAAGAGAUCUCUUUGAAAAGUAUGGUGAAGCAAAAGAAGAACUUACUCGAUGCAAAGAAAAUUAUAAAAAAGUUGUUGAUGAGAAGAAUAAUUUAACAAUUAAUUUUGAAAAGAAAACAAAAGAUUAUAGUGCAAAAGAGAAGGAAUAUCAAAAUUAUAUUAAUGAAUUAAAGGAAAUGGUUGAGAAGGCACAAGAUGAAUUUGUAAAAUCAGAAACAAAAUUAAAACGUGCUAAAAAAAUAAUACAACGACUUGGUUUAUCUUAUCAAAAUCAUUUUAAUCUCAACCACAAGGAUAUGAAAAUUGAUAGUGAUGCUUAUGAUUGUUUCUCUGUUCUAAAGCACGUUAACGAGUUUACAAAAACUUAG